UGUUUAAUAUGUCCAGGCAUUUUGCACAUACAUGCCCACUCAAUUCUCAGAUUCCCCAGUUAUUAUCACCAUAACCUCUAUCUCUAUUUUACCAAAGAGGCAGCUGAGGCACAGAGAGGCUAAAUCACUCGCCCAAGGUGUGGAGAGGCAACUAACCACGCAAAACCAGAGGGCUGCUUUCUUUCCUUUGCUGCACACGGAUUCUCAAUUUCACAGAAAGUAUCCACGUUGCCCUAGGCGGGAUGAGAAUAGCUUCUCCUUAAUCCCAGCAGCCGGCAGGUGCCCCCUGGAGAGUGACGUUUCAGCUGAAGGGGACGAGGAGGCAGCGAGCUGAGCGCAGAGCCCGGGGCGCCCAGCCGGCGGGCAGCGACAAGCAGGGUUGGAGCGGCGGGGACAGCGGCAGGUGGCGGGAGCCGGGGCCGAGCUGCAGCCCCGGGAGAGGUGGAACCUGUUGCUGAAGCCCGGCCAGGGCUCUCUGGCUGCCGGGACUCGGCCGUUGUGCGGGUGCAGCUCUCCUUUGUUCAGGUCCAUCAUGAGUGAGAAAUGGGACUCAAACUCUUCAGAAAACUGGCAUUAUAUUUGGAGUGUCAAUGGCACAAAAUAUCACCUAUACUCAGAUAUCAAUAUUACCUAUGUGAACUACUAUCUUCACCAGCCUCAAGUAGCAGCAAUCUUCAUCACUUCCUACUUCCUCAUCUUCUUCCUGUGCAUGGUGGGAAAUACCGUGGUUUGCUUUACUGUAAUGAGGAACAAGCAUAUGCACACAGUCACUAAUCUCUUUAUCUUGAACCUGGCAAUAAGUGAUUUACUGGUUGGCAUAUUUUGUAUGCCUAUCACGCUCCUGGACAACAUCAUAGCAGGAUGGCCCUUUGGAAGCACAAUGUGCAAGAUCAGCGGAUUCAUUCAGGGAAUAUCAGUUGCAGCAUCCGUCUUUACUUUAGUUGCGAUAGCUGUGGAUAGGUUCCGCUGUGUUGUCUAUCCUUUUAAGCCAAAGCUCACUAUCAAGACAGCAUCUGUCAUUAUUGUGAUCAUCUGGGUCUUGGCCAUUGCCAUUAUGUCCCCAUCUGCAAUAAUGUUACAUGUACAAGAAGAAAAAUAUUACCAAGUGAGACUCAACUCCCAGAAUAAAACCAGUCCAGUCUACUGGUGCCGGGAAGACUGGCCAAAUCAGGAAAUGAGGAAGAUCUACACCACUGUGCUGUUCGCCAACAUCUACCUGGCUCCCCUGUCCCUCAUUGUCAUCAUGUAUGGAAGGAUUGGAAUUUCACUCUUCAAGAUGACAGUGCCCCACACAGGCAAACAGAACCAGGAGCAGUGGCAUGUGGUGUCCAAGAAGAAACAGAAGGUCAUUAAGAUGCUCCUGAUUGUGGCUCUGCUUUUUAUUCUCUCCUGGCUGCCUCUGUGGACACUGAUGAUGCUCUCAGACUAUGCUGACCUGUCUCCAAAUGAACUGCAGGUUAUCAACAUCUACAUCUACCCGUUUGCACAUUGGCUGGCCUUUUGCAAUAGCAGCGUCAACCCCAUCAUUUAUGGUUUCUUCAAUGAGAAUUUUCACCGUGCAUUCCAAGAUGCUUUUCACUUCCAGCUCUGCCAAAAAAGAGCAAAGCCCAAGGAAACCUAUACCGUAAGAGCUAAAAACAAUGUGAUCAUAAGUACAUCUCAUCAGUUAGCCCCAGGACCUGCAAUUCAAAAUUCACAUGAGGAAAAUUUGCUUUGUAGGAAAAGUGCUGAAAAACCCAACCAAGAAUUAAUGAUGGAAGAAUUAGGGGGAGUCACCCAGAGCAAUGAGAUUUUAAAAGAGCUGGUAUGAUUAUUUUAUAUACAGUGUGUUAUAUAUAGAAAUACUAUUGCUUUCUAUAGCUUUGUACUUGAAUUCUACGAAUGUUCUAAAGAAAAUAUGUACUGAAAGCCCUCUUUGAACAGAAGUGGAAUAGUCUUAUGUUCAUAUCCAAUCUUAUGGUGUAUAAAAUAUGUAGAGACUCACAUACAAAUUUGCCUGGAUAAAUCCAUUUUCUAGGAACAGUUUUCAAAGCCUGACCUUUUCCAAUUUAGCCAGUUGGGUAGGAGUCAAACAUAUGUAUUAUGUGUAUACAAAUAUAUACAACACACACACUUAUUUUCUCCAAAUGGCGAUAAAUGGGCAGUUAUUUGCAUGAGAGUACAUUUUGUCAAUUCUCUGCUUUUGGAGUUGAAAUUUUAGACUACAAAAUUAUUUGUGCUUUUAAAAUAUACUUAGCUUUCUUAGAAGAACUGCAAUAGCAAAUAGACACUAUUUCUUUGCGUUUAAGGUUGAUUUUUCUUUGAAAGAGUACAGUUAAAGUUGGUGAAAUCAUAACACUGUUGGCUUUUUAAUAUUUUCAUAAAAUUCAUGCCGUAGCUGAACCCAUAUUUCUUAGAGGUGACUUGGGAUGCCAGUUUGACCCCCUCUCUAAUAGAAUCUCUGACAAAGAAGAAAAUCCUUUUUUUAAAAUAUUUAUUUUUUGAGAGAGAGAGAAUAUGAGCAGUGGAGGGGCAGAGAAAGAGGGAAACA